GAGUUGUCCUGGGAGACGCUAACAACUACGGUGAAAAAAAAUUGCAGUCGGGUGACACACUUGGUUCACAUUUUAUUCGUGCUGUGCGUGUGUGUGCGCGGGAUCUCGCCGCCGCUCGACACGCGUUUAAAGGGACUUUUUUGGCACUUUAUGGGAAUUAUUAUGUACCAAAGAAGAGCCUGAAGCGUCCUCCUCUUCUCUUCCAGCAACGUCCACAAAGAGCCUCUGCGGCUGAAUGGCGCAGACACAAAAGGUUGGGGGUCAGAUCGAUGGCAUCCAACUUGGGGAGGAGCGUUCAUCAAGGCUUGGUCCCUGAUUACAGGCCGGCCCUCCGUGCCCAUCUCACAAUAAGAGAAUGCUAUCUGGGCUGACAGUUCCCAGGGACAUGAAACUCACUCCCCAGCAAGCUCCGCUGUAUGGCCGCUGCGUGAUCACAGUGCAGCUCACCGAUGAAGAGCUGGCCGCGGAUGAGGAGGGCGCUGCCAACGCCGCCAACGCAGACUACUUCUUGUUGUUUGCUGGCAGCACUCAGAGGCACCUGAGCAGCACCUUAAGGAGUGGCCAUGACACCCUGCAGGCACUGUGUCCCGCUCAUGGCUGUUGCGAGGAGGUUUCCGUCACCCUGUGUGCCGUCACUCACGGCGAGCCCGAGGCUUCCGAUGAAUUGGCGACGCUCCCGUCUCACGUUGCCGCGUUAGCAGAGCAUCGCUUCACCUUCGUUCAGGACUUGGCUUUUGACAUGGCCCAGUUUCUAGUUAGCACGGUGGGCCGCACAGAUGGCCUCGACGGGGCGCUCCUCCUGGAUGAGUGUCAUAUUCCCCUGCUAGAGUGCGAGCGUCUGGACGAGAGUCUUGCCUUGGCCCUCCACCAUAUCCCACUGCCGCCGGGAUGGAAUUUGCUAGGCAACCAAAGCUCUGGCAGCGUUGAUCAGCGUCCACGCGAGACCCUGCUGCAUUUUUCAGCCAGGCGAGGCUUAGUCCGCGUCACGCGCUUCCUGCUGUGGCAGCCCGGGGCGAGGGACGCGGCGCGGCUGCUGAAUAAGCAGGGCCACACGCCCGCUGCCAUCGCAGCGCUACGGGGUCACGCCAGCAUCCAGCAGCUCCUUGCACAGGCUGAGGCAGACGCCGAGUCGGACCGAGGGCCCCAGCUAGUUCAACCGCUGCUGACGGACGCCCGUGUGGUUUGCCACCACUCCGGCUUGCACGCCCUGACGCAAAGCGUGUAUCCGGGCCACGACCCGCCGAGCCUCGGCCGGACCGUGGAGCAGCUGCUGCAUUUGACGAGUCAUCUCCACGCUAAGAGAGUGUCUGUGCUGGAGCUGCGCUCGGACUGUCUGCAUACGGCCGCCGAGUGUCGCGAGGGUGUCGAGCCGGAGACUGCGAGCUGCCCACAAACAAACGCGCCAGAAGACCGAGUUGAAAACGGCGCUAGUGUCACUUACGGAUAUGUCGGCGAAGAAGACGGAAGCGUGUCUCUAGUUCACCCUGGGGAGCAUGGCCUCAGCCCCCCUGAGGAUUGGGUGUGUCUUGAGACUGAGAAGGUAGAAGGAAGGAAACAGCCCGACACCACACAGAACUUGAGUUUGUAUGAAAGUCAAGAACCGAGGAGCCCGCUGCCUGUGGAAAACCUUCGACUGGCAGGGUGGGGUGAGCAGGAAACUGAUAAAGGAGGAGAAGGACGGGAAGCCACACUGGGAGAGGAUUUAUCUGGGAAGGAAGUAAACGGAGUAUCUGAGAGCACAGGGGAGAAGAGCAGUGGAGGUUUAGUCAUCAUGGGCCAGUUGCCGUCGUCUGACGCGCCAGUCCAGGAGUGUCACCGGGAUGGCUUCGGCCCGGACCUUUGCCAAGGAAACUCCUUAGCCGAGGAGGAAGUUGAGAGCACGGCUUUUGUGCAAGAGGACCUCCCACCUCCGGCAGGCUGUGAUGAUGUAACCCUCGAAUCAGAUGUUCCGCCUCCCGGAGAGGGAGAACCUCCGCCAGAUGUAAAGAGCUCAGAACAAAACCAGGAAACAGCUGGUCAGGAUCAUGUGGCAGAGUGGCAGCAAGACCCUGAUCAGCGGACUUCUUGUCAGAAGUUAAACGUGACGGAGAAUGCCGACGUCUCUGUAUCACCUGUUGAGGAAUAUCCAGAGGAGACUGAGUGCUCACCUGAGAACAUAGUCAAAUCCGACAUCGAUCCCAAUUUGGGCUUAACCCACGGACUGUCCAGUGACGACAACGUCAGCUUUCAGUCGGUUGGAAGCUGUGCGACCGACAUCUUCCACCCCACCGAGGAAAGUAUCCCCUUGGAGGAGCAGCAGCAGCAGCCAACUGAGGGGUUCGCCGUGGAGAAAGUGGACCAAAACAUGCAUUUGCAGACAUCAGCGGAACCCGCAGCGAGUUCUGAGGAAACCAACACCACUUUGGAGUCCGGCCUCCACACGGAGGGAUCCGAGGAGACAGGUGCUCCAGAACCUGCUGAGACUGAUCAGUCGCUAGGCAGAGAUACUCCAGCAGGGAUGGUGUUAGAGGAAAAUCCCAGCAGCGCUGACCUGAAUGAAGAGGUGGAGGUGAUCAUGUCGAAACACGCCAGUACCAUUUGUGGAGCUGACAAAACAGAUGAGACUGACUCUUCCAUGAUCCACCGCGACGGUGAGGCGUCCUUACAGCAGCCACUCGACGCUCAACACUCAGGGUCCUCGCGGUCAUCAACGUUACCCGCUUUGUCCAGCAGGACGCACAGCAGCAACAGUUGCUCCUCAACCGUUCACAAAGACUCAGCCAGCGACAUCGAGAGCUUGCUGAGCGCCGAGGUGGGGUAUGACAGCGUCUUCAUCAAGAAUGACGAGCGAGUGACGUGCGGCGACAGCACCAGUGAGGUGUCCAUCUCCUGCUCCUCGACGGACGACACGGCCAGCGUUGGCCCGUCCAGCUCCAGCCCAGAAGGCAGCCAGGGCCUGGGCAGCAGCGGCUGGAGCCCCGAGGAAGGCCUCCACCCGGGGGCCUCUGUUGCUGCCACAGACGGAGGAGGAGGUGUCGCUGGGGACGCCGAGGAGGAGGCCAAAGACAGAGUUGCCGAGGUGCCGCGGCGCUGUCUUUUGCGCAGCAGCCUGCGCUCCUUCUCGCCUCUUCGCCGGCACAGUUGGGGACCUGGGAAGAACAACGGAGGAGGCCCUGCGAUGAACCAGAGGAGCUGCAAAGGGAGACUGACACUUCACAGGAGAAGCUACAGCCUGGAGGGCCUGAGUGGCAGCCAAGAGGAGGCACGGCGCCCGGCCGGUCAAGGCCCCCGCAUUCUGGAACCUUCCAGAAUGCUGCAGCAUGACAUGGAUGAACGCGGCUCCCUCGUGUCCCUCACGGAGGAGCAGGAGGAAACGGGGCCGCCGUGCGGCCUGGAAAAGCAGAGGUCGAGGCGCUAUCGUCCGUUGAGGAACAGCUGCCCCCCGAUGACCCUUCCCCUCACCAAGUCUGUGUCCAUGCUCGCUAUCAGCCACAGAGACAUUGAUGUUGUGGGACGUCUGCGCCGGAGGAGGCGGAUUUCCUUCUCCUUCAGCCUUUCCCCCAUCCUCACUAAAUCUAAGUCUCACACCCUUUAUGGCGACUCGUCCACUAGCGACGAUGAUGAUAACUUCAGUAUGAGGUCCUUCUCUAGCACGUCUGGAUCACUCGCAUACAGCAUAUCGGAGGAGGAGCCUGGGCCGCUGCGGAGCGACGCUGAGACGACGGGCAAGGGUGGCACAAAAGUUAGCCGCACCUUCAGCUACCUCAAGAACAAGAUGUACAAGAAGACAAAGGAAAAAGAGAAGGACAAAAAGGAGAAGGAGGCCAAGGAGAAGGAGAAGAAGGCGGUCAACGGGCACCACUUUGCUGCAAUGGGCUCCAGUCAGGCGCCACCGUGCUCCCACUGCUUCCAGUGUAAUAAGGCCCUCAGCAGCAAGGAGCUCUUUCAGUGCACGUACUGCAAUGCCUGCGUGCACAAGAGCUGCAGGGACGGUCUGGCCGUUUGCGCCAAGGUGAAGAUGAAGUUGCCCAGGCAGCAUCUUAACACAGUGCCAGAUUCCAGCUCCUUCCCCGGUGUCACCAUGAGGAACAAAUCAUGCGGGACAAGGGAACGCCCCUGGUCAGUCAUCUUGUCCCCAGAGGACCACUCGUCUCUGACUUUGCCACAGUCGCGCCGCCAUACCAGCCUCAUGCCGUUCCACGGCAACAACCUGUCCAAAAGUCUUUCCAUUAGCAACAUUGCUGGUCCAGUGUUUGAUGAGAUUCCCAUCAGGGGUCUGCGCUAUCUUUCCCAGUCUACUGACUCGCUCAACAGGACAAAUCAGGUCACAGAGUCCAUGGAAUCACUUACUGACGAAGGGACAGAGAUGAUGGACAGCCAGCUGAUGGGCGAGUUUGAGGGCGAGGCCAAGGAGAUGGAGGCCGACUCGUGGAGUUUAGGCGUGGAGCACCAGUACCUCCAGCAGCUGGACCGCAAUCUGGUCAAGAGGCAGGACGUCAUCUACGAGCUGAUGCAGACGGAGAUGCACCACAUCCGCACGCUGCGCAUCAUGUCGGAGGUGUACAGCAAGGGCCUACAAAUGGAGGUGCAACUGGAGCCGCAGAUCCUAGAGCGGCUUUUCCCCGCGCUGGACGAGCUGCUGGAGCUCCACACGCAGCUUCUCCUACGCCUGCUGGAGAGGAAGCGUGAAAGCCAGGCAGAGGGCGGGCGCUCGGAGCGAGGCCUCAUCGUCCACCGGAUAGGGGACAUCCUCCUCAGCCAGUUCUCGGGAUGCAACAGCGAAAGCAUCAAGAGGAUUUACGGGAGAUUCUGCAGCCGCCACAAUGAGGCCGUCAACCUGUACAAGGACCUUUUGACCAAAGAGAAACGCUUCAAGGCCUUCAUCAAAAAAAAGAUGAGCAGCAGCAUUGUUCGGCGUCUCAGCAUCCCAGAAUGCAUUCUGCUAGUGACCCAGAGAAUAACCAAGUACCCUGUGCUGAUUCAGAGGAUCCUGCAGCACACUAAAGAGGGCGACAGCGACUACGACGAGCUGUCUGGGGCGCUGCGCCUGGUGAAAGAAACGAUCGCUGGCGUGGACGGCCGCGUGAACGAGCACGACAAGCGGCGGCGCCUCAAGGAUUUUCACAGCCGCACUGAUACCAAGUCCAUCAUGAUGAUGAAGAGUGGCCAGAUCUUCGCCCGCGAGGACCUGCUGCGGCGGCGCCUGGUCCACGACGGUGCCCUGCAGCUCAAGAGCAGCCAGGGACGUCUCAAAGAUGUCCACGCACUGCUCCUGUCGGACGUGCUGGUCUUCCUUCAGGAGAAAGACCAGAAAUAUGUCUUUGCCAUGCUGGACCAGCGCUCGACUGUCAUCUCGCUGCAGAAGCUGAUUGUGCGCGAGGUGGCCAACGAGGAGCGCGGACUUUUCCUCAUCACGGCAGGUAUCGAGAAGCCAGAGAUGAUGGAGGUGCUGGCCAGCUCCAAGGAGGAACGUAAUGCCUGGAUGCAACUAAUACAGGACGCCAUGCAGUCCAUGGAGAGGGACGAGGACGAGGGCAUCCCCAGCGAGACCGAAGAUGACAAGCGACAACUGGAGAUCAAAGCCAAAGAAAUGAGAGACCUGCUGAAGCAGAAGGAUUCUCAGAUCAUGUCCCUGCUGGAGGAGAAGGUGCGGCUCUUCCGUGGCAUGUGUGAGGGCUCCAGUCCAGUUGAGGAGGCCUGCCGGCAGACCAGGCACUUCUUCAGGUCACCUGUCGGGCCGGACCCCCCCAUGGGGGCCUGCGUCAUGAAGGACGCCCUGCAGGAAGUGGAGACACUGCAGACCCUGGUGAACAGUAGCCUCGGCGGGGCGAUGGCCGGUGUCCAAGAUGUCGGAGGUGGAGGAGGCGCACCCGGCUCGGGGUGCCUGCCCCGACGGGCCGAGACCUUUGGCGGCUUUGACAGUCACCAGAUGCACCUCAGUAAGAAUGGAGACAAAGACGAGAGCGAAGAUGCCACCAGAGAUCUGCGGAGGACCGAGUCAGACAGUGUUCUGAAGAAGGGAGGAAACGCCAACCUGCUGCAGCUGCUCAAGAGGAACAGCGAGCAGGUGCUCCACAGCGUCUCGAAUCUGUACUUGCUGCUCAGCACGCUGCAGGCAGUGGUGGUGCAGCAGGACAGCUUCAUAGAGGACCAACGUCAGGCCCUGAGCGAGCGCUCACCGUCGGCGUGCUCGUCGUCACGGUCGUCUUCACGGCCCAGCUCCCUGGUCGAACAGGAGAAGCAGCGGAGCCUGGAAAAGCAGCGGCAGGAGUUGGCGUCCCUGCAGAGGCAGCAGGCGGCGCAUGCCGAGGAGCGGCGCCGGCGCGAAAAGGAGUGGGAGCUCAGGGAGCGUCUGCUUGGCGACAAGGAGACACUGCUGAACGCGCAGCAGGAGGAUCUGUCCAAGCAGCAGCGGGCGCUCGAGGACGAGAGGCGAGAGCUGGCGAGUCGGAAGGAGGACUACCAGAGGGAUCUCGAGAGGCUGAGAGAUGCCCAGAGGAAGCUGGACAAGGACAGGGAGGCCCUGCAGAGGCAGCUCGACAAGAUGGACGAGCUACGGCGUGUCGAGCGGACUCCCUCCACCGCCUCGGAAGAGUCCCAGUUGGCGGGCAGCUGCCAAUCUUUGGAUCUGGACCACCUCGACAUGUCCUCUUCAUCCUCCUCGUCUUCAACGUCGCAGCGCUGCAAGGCCAAGACACGCAGUCUCAACCCUUUCACGUCGUCUUCAUCUUCGUCGGCGGCGGCGGGCGUAUUGAAGGCCGGCGAGGCCAGCACGCAGCUGUCCAAGAGCCUGUUGCAGCUGGCCAAGCAUCGUGGCAAGGAAGGCAAAGACAAGCGCAAGAAGAAGGUGAAAGGAAAGGCCGCAGACUCCCAGCACCUCUCCGAGGCUCCUCUGGAUGGGGAGAUCUUCUUCUGCUGACUCUCAUCUUGAUCCCUCCUCAGCCUCGCUCAACGACAACACUUUCUAGCUCGCCUGCAACCCUGUUCGCCAGACAGGACGUGCCGGUGUGCUCCCACUUCCCUGUCGUUGUGGUGUGAGAGUAGCGACAAACUUUGAGCAUGGAAGCAAACAACCACAAAAAGGCCACCAAUGAUUUUAAUGCCGGCUUUCCGUUUUUUUUUUGGGGGGGGGGUGUUGUUUCCCUUGCCCCUCCUGUCUCAUAAACAUGCUUUUGGCUAGUGGAUUGAUUGGCACACAUGCAUACGCAACACACACACACGCACGCACACACAAAAUCAUAGCAAUGCAUCCAAAUGGCACUCGGCAAACAGACGGGAAUUUCAACAAGCUCCAUAUGGCGCCGCAGCCCGAGAAGAGAAAGCAAUUUCACUUUAAAAGACCGCGACUGGAAGUGCGGAAGGAAACUUGUACAAAUAAAAUUAAACAUACCGUGUUCAGCAAAUAACUCCACGUCGCUUGACUUAAAGCCAGUCGCGAGUCGUCACAAAGUUUUCAUCGUUAGCUUUCAUCACAUCACAUCAGAUCGAUUCUUAUCUUUUUCAGUAAGCCAAAAAGUAAGAGGAUCAUUUUCAACGUAGUCGUCCAUGCCGUGAAGCACUUUGCUCGCCUCUUUGACAUUUUUCUGCGGGGGCUAAAUGUUGAGGCUGUCAAACCAAGACCAUCUCAUUUGGUUUUGGAGUGACGACUGAAUGAGAAGACAAGACAAGCGCUUUCAGCAAAAAUUACAGCCGCUUUUCCAAUUCAAUCACCAAAUUCAGAAGUACCUUGUUUUAUUCAUGUUGAAUGUUGUCCCAAUAAAAAGCAUCCACAGCCCUGUGAGAUUUUGUGAUAUAGGGCCUAUGUAUUUUUCCAAUACAAAAAACAAUUUUUUUCCCGAUCAAUAUCUAAAAAUGAUCAAAUUCUUAGAUAUUCAUUUGCU